GGUAGCACCUGGCCUCCACUCCAGUAGCGACUCCACACCAACAUGGAAGGCGCCCGCUGUGUGUCUGCCGCCUCCCUGCUGCUGCUGCUGGCGGUCGUAACGGCUACUGCCGGUGCCAGUGCUACGAGAUGUAGAGUAGAGGACUGUCCCAACUUCCGGACCAUACGGUACUACGAGGAGCUGGGCUGCGUACGCAGUGAUGGCUCCAGCGAAUGCUGUCCUACACGUUUCGACUGCAGUUCUCUUCUGUCGCCGGACAAGACGAAGUGCUACUACAGAGGGAAAACCUACGAACCUGGCACAGAAAUUGGGGAUGACCGGAGAGAGAAGUGCGUUCCGAGUUGUACGUGCAGAAUCAUCCCAGAUGAAAGUAACGGGGAAGAAGCAACUUUCCUUUGUCCAGGAACUGACUGUGGAAUAGUUGGCGUUCCUUCUGAUCGGGAAGCAGAGUGCUACAUGACAGAUGGCCUAGAUGCGUGUUGCCCCACUGGAGUACGAUGUGUGAAUGAUACCGACAUUCCUCCGGCCGAGUGUUCAUACAAGGGGAAGACAUACCGGGAGGAUCAGAGAAUAGAUGGAACUUACUCUGAGUGCAAGAAAUGCGUCUGCCAAAAAGGAUUUGACGGAACCUUGGAUGGACCCUGGUGUAAGAAGAACGUCUGUGAGUAUUCCCUCUUUCGCAGACGGUCUGAAAUUGCAAAAUGUGCUCCGAUAUUCCGUGAGGAUGACAACUGUUGUGCUUACAGAUUCCACUGCCCUUCAGCAGACGAUAACGUGGUGAGAAGCUCAGAAUCUACAACAGAGAAUCAAGGUGGCAAGUGCUCUUUCGGAGAGCACGAACUGAACAUCGGCGACGAGCUACUUGUUGGCACUGACGGCUGCGUCAAAUGCAGAUGCGACGUUCCUCCAUUCAUAACUUGCACGCAGCGUCCUGAAUGCGGCAGUUUCAGCUUUUGAUACCUUGUACGCAGUGACCAGAUCCUGAAUGGGACGCAGAAGGUUUUAGUGUUUAGUUUUUAGACGUGUGUAAACGAGAUUAUGAAUUACAUGUCAUAUUUCGAAGAAAAAUGUUCAACAAUGAAAUGUAAUUACUGUGACAAGAAAAGUGAACUAAUAAAUCGUAAAUGAAGUACUAUA